AUGGAACAAGCAAUGAGAUUGAGAAGACCGCUCAAGUCUAUCUUGAAGCAGAAUUCAGAAACCUCAGGCAGGAAACAAGGCAUUCGUUUCGCAGAGCCAGCAGAAUCGGACACAAGGAUUUCCUCAGAGAUGAAAGCUUCCGGGAUAAAAACCUCGUCGCCGUAUUUGGAUAAAGCCUAUGGAUCGAGGGAUGAUUUAAAAUACGGGAACCCCUCGAUGAACACAAACCAGGUGAGAACGCACCAGAUCCUGCAAAUGUCUCCAAUCAAGACUUUGUCGAGUUCAAGAGUAGAAUCUCCAAUUCUACAAAGUAUCAGAGGGAAUGAGAGCUCACGGUAUUCGAGGAGCCGAAAAAACCACGCUAAUUCGCACAGAAUUGAGAAAUCACAGAGCAGACAUUCCUCUGGUGGGUUCAAGUUUCUGGACUCGCUGAACAACAUAGGGUCAAGGUUCAUGGAUACGAUAUUGCAGACUGAGCCAGAGUCAGUCAGGAGAGAAACUGUCCCGAGGGUUGAUGAGACGGAGUCAAAAAGGAGCCAAACUGAGGCUGAACAAAAAAGGUGCGAUGUUGUCUCGCAGACUGGUGACAGUGAUGGCAAUCUCUACAACUCCCAUCGUACGCUGGUGGUUCCCGAAUCUCAACUUUCUGGACCGGAGAAUCCAGAAACUCAAAUAUCGUAUCUCGCUCAGCGGAAUACAGAUGAGCUGCCUAAAAGUCCUGAUAGUUUGGUUACCAGUAUGGGGCUCAAGGGCGAAAUUAUCGCACAGAUGGCCGAAUUAAAGGAGAUGGUAGAAGGUCUUUCAAAAAAGGUGAUACAACUCGAAAGGGAGAAACAAGAAUUGUCUGUGGAGCACAUGGUGGAACAGAACAGAUCACAGGCUCUGGAGAACAGACUGGCCAGCCAAGAGGUGAGAAUAAAGAAACUAGAGGAUCUUUUGGGCCAAAAAGAUGUUUUGAGUCCUACCGGCCAAGAAAGGGUUGGGAAACGCAAAAUUGAUGAGGACUCGGAUGAAAUCGAGAGAAAAGUGAAAAGGCUACAAAGUUCACUGGUGAAGCUAAAGGAUUCUAAUGCAAGACACCACAGAGAGUCCGGGGAUGUGAAGGAGGCUAUCCGUAAAAACUCAGUUAACAAGUAUUGA